AUUAAUUUAUUCGACGGAUUUGUAUUUAAAGUGCAUUCCGCACUCUGACCAGUGCUUAUACGCCACAAGCUCUGACAACUUAACUACUUAUAAUAAUAAUAAUAAUAAUAAUAAUUUAUUCGGGAAAUUUAUUCGAAAUAAACUUAACUACUUUACUACGCAUUUAUUUAAAAUAUGCAUUUCCACCCAGUAAAAAUUUUCCUGGUCGCCUUUUUCACCAUAAUUUCGAUAAACGCCCAAAAAGAGACGGGUAAGCUCGUGCUGUCGAACAGGGCCGAGUUUUUGACCUAUUUUGCCACCGAUGUUCACUGGGAUGUCGUCGACGCCGGGCCAGGCGGCGGAAUGCCGGUCCAACCUGGCGCCGAGUAUUUUUACCUGACCAGAUUUGGCGGUCAAGAGGGCGACGAGGGGGGCGAAGUGGAAGAAUUUUCAUUCAUUUUCCACAUCAAUGAACAGAUCUGCGACUUGGUGUCGUUGAGGAUGUCGAUUCGGUAUUGUAACUUCGAUACAAAAACGAUCAUUUGGCCGACCCCGAUUUACGGGAGGAGAAAUAGCGAUGAUUUUCACAUGUUGAAGUCACACAACUUUUUCGAAUGGGAUGAAGAAGAGUUUUUACUGGACCAUACGGCUGGGAUUAUUCGCAUCAAUGGAUCGCUUUAUAUAGAUAGUUCAUUGUAUAUUGAUGAGAUCGUGCUGUGGCAUGAUGGUCAUUAUGACUGCAUAACGACGACAACUACUGAACCAACUACACCGACAGAAACAACAACAGAUGAAGAUACGCCAGUAACUGAGCCAACGAUCCCAGCAACUUCCAUGGAACCUACAACUACCAAACCAACUAUAACAACUGAGGAAACGCCAAUAGUUGAGGAUACCAUUGCAACUGGAGAAAUUUCGACGACUGAAGCAACUAUCACUACACGACCAACUACAACUACUGAACCAAAUACACCUACUGAACCAACUACGACUACUGAAGCAACUAUCACUACAGGACCAACUACGACGACUGAGCCAACUACAACUACUGAACCUACCACAACCCCUGAACCAACCACAACUACUGAAUCAACUUCAACUACUGAGUCAACUACAAGUACUGAACUAACCGCAACAACUGAACCACCUACAACUACUGAACCUACCGCAACCCCUGAACCAACCAUAACUAAUGAACCAACUACAACAACAGGACCAACUACAACAACAGGCCCAACUACAACAACAGGACCAACUACAACUACUGAACCAACUACACCUACUGAACCAACUACGACUACUGAAGCAACUAUCACUACAGGACCAACUACAACUACUGAACCUACCACAACCCCUGAACCAACCACAACUACUGAACCAACUUCAACUACUGAGUCAACUACAAGUACUGAACUAACCGCAACAACUGAACCACCUACAACUACUGAACCUACCGCAACCCCUGAACCAACCAUAACUAAUGAACCAACUACAACAACAGGACCAACUACAACAACAGGCCCAACUACAACAACAGGACCAACUACAACUACUGAACCAACUACACCUACUGAACCAACUACGACUACUGAAGCAACUAUCACUACAGGACCAACUACAACUACUGAACCUACCACAACCCCUAAACCAACCACAACCACCCGUACAACCACAACUACAAUAACAACAACUCGUCCAACCACAACUUUACCAACUACAACCACUCGUCCAGCUACAACAACUACAACUACCCGUCCAACAACAACUACACCAACAACAACUACAACUACCCGUCCAACAACAACUACACCAACAACAACUACCCGUCCAACAACAACUACACCGACUACAACCACUCCUCCAACUACAACAACUACAACUACCCGUGCAACAACAACUACAACUACCCGUCCAACCACCACCACCCGUCCCACUACAACCACCCGUCCAACCACCACCACCCGUCCAACCACCACCACCCGUCCAACUACAACUACCCGUCCAACCACCACCACCCGUCCAACUACAACUACCCGUCCAACCAGCACUCUUCUAACGACAACUACCCGUCCAACCACAACUACCACUACCCGUCCAACUACAACAACACCAGCCUACAACAACAACUGCAAUCAUUACUCCUACUCAAUGACGACCUGUCUUGAAAAGGCCUGCUCAUUCUGCACACUCCCAACCUACACCCGCUUCCGCUGCGACACCUACCAAAACCUAGAACUCUACGGAUGUUCCGGUGGCGUCUGUGGGUCACCCGCUAUCAAAGUCUCCAUUGACCCCAAUCGACCGCCAUCCCCCACCCAAACCAUGACCCUUUGUCCCAACGAGAACAAAACAUUCGAGGUCACCUUCAAACUAGAAUCCCAUCCCCUCGACGUCUACGUCCUUCUCGAUCUGUCCGGUUCCAUGGGUGACGACAGGGAAAACCUGAUUCGUCUUAGCAACCACCUCGCCUCAGAGAUUGCAAAGAUAUCGACAGAUUUCCACCUCGGGUAUGGGGCGCACGUGGACAAACCACGUUACCCAUUUGGUACUGCGGGAUAUGAUUACAGUUUCAGGAACCAUUUACCUCUCACUCGGGAUUCAAGUCGAUUCAGCUCAGCCGUUACAGCAAGUACUUUAAAACAUGGCGAUGACUUCCCAGAAAGUCAAUUAGAUGGGAUGUAUCAAAUAGCGGCUUGCACAAGUCAGAUUGGUUGGAGGGACAACUCCCGCCACCUACUGCUUCUCUUGACGGAUGCCAGUUACCACAAGGCGGGAGAUGCAAGGCCCGCUCUUCAACCUUUCAACCGUGCCUGCUCCCUCGCAGCCAACGGGCUUUACACCGGCGAAAACACAUACGACUACCCGUCAGAACAGGAUGUCAUCGACAUUUUCAAAGCCAAGAAAAUUACUCCCAUCUUCGCAAUUACGCGAGACGAAACUCCUCACUAUGAAACUCUUAAGCGGAAUAUUCCAAACUCUGCGAUGGGCAUAUUAAACACAGAUUCUUCCAAUGUGGUCAACCUUCUCGUGGAUCAAUACAAUAAAAUCGAGCAGACCACGAAGCUCGAGCGGGUCGGCGGGGACGACGGAACUUUGAACAUUCGCUACUUUUCUUCCUGCAAUGGCGGCACGUUACAGGAAACUAAUGUCUGCAACGAGCUACGACCCGAUGGUACAGUCACGUUUACGAUAUCCAUCAAUUUGAAGGACUGUCGUACCAGUGGGACCAACAAUUUGGUUCGGAUUGAACCGGAAGGAUUGCCAACAGCUUUUCAAGUAGCGUUCAACACGAUUUGUGCGGAGAACUGGGGAUAAAAAUGAAUAAAGUUAAACCAAAUUAUAUCGAAAACAAAAUAUUACAAAAAUUCGUUCAAAAUAAAAUCAUAAAACUUCGCAUGUUUUUCUGCAUCUCAA